CAAGAUGGCGACCGCCGGGAGCGAUCCCCAGUGGCCGAUGUCUUCCUCUCUCCAGAGCAGUCCACGAACUGGAGCCCAGUGGAUUCUGCCGCACUCAGAAAAAGAGCGUCAGUCUUGCUGGUCUUCUUUUCCCAUGGGGCAGAGACCGAAAGGUACUUUCCAUAAAGCCUCCUACCUGCUCCAGCAGCUCAUCCACCGCUCUCGGGAGUCGGACGCGGACGGAGAGGAAUACGACGACAAGGGCGAAGUGGAAUCCGAGGAGUCCUCAGAGUCCGAGAUGCUGAAUUUGGAGGAGGAAUUUGAUGGGGUCCUGAGAGAGGAGGUCGUGGCCAAUGCCCUUCACCAGUUGGGGCGCUCAGGCUCCGGGACUGAGCAGGUCUAUCUCAAUCUAGCUUUAUCAGGUUGUGAUUUAAUUGACAUUAGCAUUCUCUGUGAAUAUGUUCACCUACAGAAGUUGGAUCUUUCAGUAAAUAAAAUUGAAGAUCUGUCUUGUGUGAGUUGUAUGCCUUACCUUCUAGAACUUAAUGCUUCUCACAAUAAACUGACGACAUUCUUCAAUUUCAAGCCACCCAAAAAUCUCAAGAAGGUGGAUUUUUCCUACAAUCAAAUUUCUGAAAUGUGUGAUUUGUCAGCAUACCAGGCUCUCACUAAGCUAAUUUUGGACAGCAACAAGAUAGAGGAGAUCCGUGGGCUAGAGCUGUGUAGUGGCCUAACAUACCUGAGUCUGGCCAAGAACAAGAUCACGUCAAUUAACGGCUUAGGCAUGCUGCCAAUCAAAAUCCUUUGUCUGAGCAAUAACCAGAUUGAGAAGAUCACGGGUUUGGAGGACCUAAAAGCCUUGCAGAUUGUGGAUCUGUCCCAUAAUCAGAUCAGCAGCCUCCAGGGCUUAGAGAACCAUGACCUCUUGGAAGUCAUCAACCUGGAGGAUAAUAAGAUUGCUGAGCUGGGUGAAAUAGAAUACAUUGAAAAUCUACCUCUCCUCCGGGUUCUCAAUUUUCUAAGAAAUCCAAUUCAGGAAAAAUCUGAAUAUUGGUUCUUCGUGAUUUUUAUGCUCCUACGACUAACAGAAUUAGAUCAGAAGAAAAUUAAAGUGGAAGAAAAGGUUGCUGCCGUGAAUAGAUACGACCCUCCCCCAGAAGUGGUCGCAGCCCAAGAUCACCUGACCCAUGUUGUCAACAGUGUGAUGCAGCCGCAGAGGAUCUUUGACAGCACUCUCCCCCGCCUGGACGCCCCUUAUCCCAUGUUGGUGCUAGCUGGUCCUGAAGCCUGUGGGAAACGAGAACUGGCUCACCGCCUCUGCAGAGAGUUCAGCACGUACUUCCGAUACGGGGCCUGCCACACCACAAGACCGCCUUACUUUGGAGAAGGGGAUCGAGUCGAUUAUCAUUUUAUCUCUCAGGAAGUUUUUGAUGAAAUGCUAAACAUGGGGAAAUUCAUUCUCACAUUUAAUUAUGGUAAUCACCAUUAUGGAUUAAAUAGGGACACCAUAGAAGCUAUCGCCAGAGACGGUUUAGCAAGUUGUAUUCACAUGGAAAUAGAAGGUGUAAGAAGUUUGAAAUUUUCCUAUUUUGAGCCUCGAUAUAUCCUGGUGGUGCCCAUGAACAAGGAAAAAUAUGAGGAAUAUUUGCGGAGAAAAGGAUUAUUUAGUCGUGUAGAGAUUGAAUUUGCUGUCUCUAGAGUGGACCUUUAUAUUGAAAUCAACCAGAAAUUUCCAGGAUAUUUUGAUGCAAUCAUCAAUGCAGAUGAUCUGGAAGUUGCCUACCAAAAGCUGAGUCAUCUCAUCAGAGAAUACCUUGGGUUGUCUGAGGAAACAUCCAAGAAUCUGGCUCCAACUGCAGGUAUUAAGAUAUCUCCGAUAAAAUCUGAGGAGUUUUCUAGGAAGCUCUCCACUUUGAAUUUGUGUGAUUUCCUGGAUUCUACAGACAGAAACUACUUUGUGAAAUUAUGGGCCAAACUUGCAGCCAAAAAAACCCCAGUGGAAAGAGAAUCUAUAGAGAGACAAUAUGAGACAGCCCGGCAGGCCCUGAUGGGAAAGAUACCUCCUCAUCAUACACUCCUGUUCCAAAGGGGUCUGGUGCCAGCACCUAUUAUCAAUGGUCUACAUUAUUUUACAGCUUUAGAACUACAGAAAAGUUCUGAGCUUUGUGAAGAUUAUUUUAAAGCUCCCAUUGGACCGUAUUCUGAGAAGAGCGGUGAGGAUUCCCACCUUAUCAAGAACUAUUCUACAGUAUUUCAUUCUUAUCCAUGGUCAAAAGAAAUGGCUUUUCAGCCUCCAGAGGGCAGCGUCUAUUCCCGCCCGGGAUCAGGAGUAAGUGAUAGUGAGGCCGAUCAGGCCAUAAAAGAGCUAUGUAAACAGCCACUUCCAUGUGACAAAGGGUCUGUCCAACAGAGAAGACACAUGGUCUCGGUCAUCAGCCACCCAGGUUUCAACACCAAACUCAUCCUCCCUCCAAUCCCUCAGGGCCGCAAGUAGACCAGUAGCUGACAUUUGGUCUUAACAUACAAAACUGGUUCUGAUCAGUGUCCAAUCCCUUUGUCUUACCUGGCCAUGGGUCCUGUUUGCCACUCAACCAACUACCUACAAAAGAAGUGUUUUACAUGCCUUUAAUUCUCUCAAUCAGUUUCUUUUGUGAUUCUCAAAUAGUGUCUUUUUAAAAUGUAAAUUAUUCUUAGCUUUUAGAAAUGUAAUUUCAGUUUUUCUCAGAGCUCUUAAUGAUUUUUCCAACUGCUUCCUGCUCUGAAAUAUCAGACGGCAAACUCUCCCAAGAUCUCUGCAUUGCUGUGUGCAGAGUGAUUUUUGGAUAUAUCCAACUGGGAUUCUGCUUUUGAAAUUUCAGUGUGUCCAUUUAUAACAUUAGUGUAUACCCUGGGGUACUGAAAUAUUUUGUUCUUCUGAUUAUGAAAGGAUUGUAGAGUUCCGCUUAACUCGUGACCAACAGGAUCUCGACUGCAUCUCUCAAAAGGAUUUAAUUAAUGUAUUUUUUCAUGGUUCUUGAGUUCCUCUAGCAAUAUGAAGGAAUUAGAAUUAUCAGAUAUUUCUUUUAGUUCACCCUUUCCUGACUCUGAUUAAGUACUGCUUGUCAUUAGAAAUAUUUUUAAACAACUUUCUUCAUCUUUAUAGUUUCACUAUCUACUGUUGGCAGGAAAAGAACAUUGGGUAGUUAUAGAUAAGGCUGGUAUUCAGCUGAUAUGUGCCAGUGUGACUAUCCUGGUUCUUAAAAUAUUGAAACACAUCUCUUUGGAUUGGUAGCUGGUCUCUUCUCUGAAUCCUCUGUGCAUGAUGAUUCAUGGGAGCAAGAACCUUCACAUAGUACUAUACUAAUAGUUAAAUAUUUAAAAUAUUAUAACCCUCUAAUGACUUCCCUCUUAAAAAUAUUAAAACCCCCUUUGAUAGCCCUUUUUCCCAUGAUCAGAUUUGGAUGUAACAUGAUUUGCUAUUGGUUUCUGUCUGCCACUUAGCCCUAUUCUCAACAGAAGCUGCUUAAAUUUCUUUUCUUGGGGUUGGUGGGAGGGAUGGGAGGGGGGCCUGAAGAGAAGGACACGGCUGAGCAGGAAAAGGGAGUUGGUGCCCUCGGGGGCAGCGAGGAGGCGGGGAGUGGGCAACUUUAAUAUUCACCAGCGUCAUCUAAUCUUUUAAGAAGUUAUUUUGAACUAUUUUAGAAACAGCAGAAGAUAUAAAAACAAGAGUUCCAAUUUCAGACAACAUGGAGGAGAUGCACUUUCCCCUAUUUCCUCCACUAAGUACAAUCAAAUCCCACAAAUUGUAUCUAAAAUAAACACAAGACGAUUGAGAGGUAGAAGGAAGAAGGCAAGCCAGCUGGAGACCUUGGGACCUGAGUAGCAACACAGAGGUGAGUUCCCUGGGGGUUUUUUUGGCUCAGAGAUCCUGAACUGGGUGCUAGAGAAGCUAUAACCUCAAAACAUUAAUGGUAAAGACCACACAUCUCCAGCCAAAAGCUUGCACUCUCUAGCUAAAGGACUACAAAAGGGGCAGCCUGGCAAGACAGAAAACGUUUAGACAAUAACUGCCCUUACUUUGGUCAGACACCGUAGACGAAAUUGUGGCUCCAUCCUUUCUCUCUACCCUGUCAGCCAAGGCUUUUCUGGUUAUAUUGAGGUUCCCUCCUUCUCCCUGCUGGGACAGUGUCCGCGAAGUUCUUGUGGAGAGCCAGGACCUGCAACACUCCCCAGUAUUAAGAAGAACCUCCUCCCACAGUGUCAUUGAAGGCUACGUAGGGACCUGGACUUCCAUUCCCUACCUGAUAGUAAUGAGACAUUUCCUUCCCUUCCCAUCAGGGUGGUGUCAGAGAAGGUCUUGUGGAGGUCCAGGACUUUCACCACUGACCUAUCUUCUUGCAGUAUCAGUGGAGGCCAGGUGGGGAACAGAAAAUUUAAAUAAGAUCCAUAUUCUCAUAACAUACUACCCCAAAUGUCCAAGAUGUAGUUAAAAAAAGAAAAAAAAUUCAUCGAGAAUCAGGAAAAGUUUAACUUGAAUGAGAAAAGAUAAUCAACAUCUGAGCCAGGAUGAUGUCAGCGAAGGCCUAGUGGGGACCCUAAACUUCUACCCCACCCAGUAUCAAUAAGGCAUCAUUCCCCCUUUUCCUACCCUAAGUGUCAAGAGAGGCCAAAUGGAGAGUUUAGCUUUCCACCUCUGCCUGGGAGGAAUGAGGCAGUGCCCCCUCCCUCAUUAGCAUGGUGUCGAAGAAAGUACACUAAGAUUUAAAUAAGACUGACUUUCACAAUAUACUAUCCCAAAUGUCCAAGGUAUCAUUUUUUAAAAAAAGAAAAAACUCAUCAAGAAUCAGGAAAACUUCAACUUGAAUGAGAAAAGAUAAUCAACAUAUACCAAUGACUGGUAAGCCAAGGUGAAACAGAUGCUGGAGUGAUCUGAUGGAUUUUAAAGCGACUAUCAUAAAACUGAUUCAAGACGCAAUUAUAAACACAAUUGAAAAAAAUGAAAAAGGCAGACAAUCUCAGCCAAAAAAAAAAAAGUCUUAGCAAAUAAAUAGAAGAUAUAAAGAAGAACCAAAUGGAAAUUUUAUACCUGAAUAAUACAGUAACUCACUGGAUGGACUCAGUAGUAAAAUGGAUAGGACGGAGCGGGGGAAAGUCGGUGAACUUGAAGACCGAGCAACUGAAAUUGCCCAGUCUGAACAACAGAAAGAAAAUAGACUGAAAGACAAAAUGAGCUCCAGGGACAUGUAGGAUUAUAUGGAAAGAUCUGAUGUUUAUGUCAUUAGCGACCCAGGAGAGCAAAAAAGAGUAUGUGGCUGAAAAAGUAUUCAAACAAAUAACGACAGAAAAUUCCCCAAAUUUGGCAAAAGCCAAAAAUCUACAAAUUCAAGAAGAUGAUGGAACCCAGACAGGAAAAACACAAAUAAAUUUGUAACAAGACACACCAUAAUCGAACUUUUGAAAACUAAGGACAAAGAAAAAUAUCCUAAAGCAAUGAGAGAGAAAACAUCUUCAUUAUACAGAAAUAACAAAUCAAAUGAUAACGGAUUUUUUUAUCAGAAAUCACGGUACCACCAGAAACCAUGGAAGUAGAUCAACAUUUUCUAGUGCUAAAAGAAAAAACAAAAACUGUUAAUCUAGAAUUCUGUGUUCAGUGAAAAUGUCCUUUGGGAAUGAAGGGGAAAUCAAGACAUUCUCAGGUAGAAGGAAAACAAAGAGACUGUGUUGCCAGCAGACCUAUAUCCUAAAGGAAUGGCUAAAGAAUGUUCUUGAAACAGAAUGAAAAUGUUAAAGAAGGACAUUUGGAACAACAGGAAGGAAAAGAGAACAAUAAAGUAAAAAUACGGAUUAAUAUAAAGAAGUUUUUUUCAUCUUGAGUUUUUUAAAUAAGGUUUGAUGAUUGAGGGAAAAUUAUAGCAUCUAGUGUGAUUCUCAAUAUGUGUAGAAGUUACGCAUAAUUUAAGGCAAUUAUAAACAGGAAUGAAAGGACUUAAAGGGAGGUAAGCUUUCUACAUUUCUCUUGAACUGUUAAACUGUAGACUGUGUGAUAAAUCAUAUGAAUAAUGUAAUACCUAGAACACCACCAACAAAGCUACUUUGUGAGAUACAUCCAAGAAAUACUAUAGAUAGAUAAAAAUGGAGUUUUAAAAACAUUUCAGUGAUACAUGAGAAGGCAGAAAAAAGAAAUAGAGAACCGAAAAACAAAACAAAACAAAAAACAAAAGCAGCCUUAAGCCCUUAUAUAAUAGCAAUUAACAUUAGAGUAAACAGUCUAAAUACACCAAUUAAAGGCAGAGGUUGGCAGAGUAGAUUUUAAAACGUGACCCAAUUAUAUGCUAUCUACGAGAAACUCACUUGAAAUUUAACAAGGUAGGCUGGUCAAAAGUAAAAGGAUAGAAAUGUGUUUGCAUAUAUCAUGCAAACAUUAAUCAAAAGGAAGCAGGAGCGGUGAUUAGUAUCAGAUAAAGUAGGCUUCAGUGCAAAAAUUUUUUACCAGAGACAGAGAGGUAUAUUACAAAACAAUGAGAGAAAUUUUAACAAAUUUAAAGAAUUGAAAUCAUACAACGUAUGUUCUCUGACCACAAUAGAAUCAAACUAGAAUAACAGGAAGAUAACAGAAAAAUCUCCAAACCUCUGGAAACAAACAACAUACUCCUAUAUAACCCGUGGGUCUACGAGAAACUCUCAAGGAAAUUUAAAAAUACAUCAAGCUAAAUGAACGUGAAAUACACCAUAUCAAAAUUUGUGGGAUGCAGCCAGGUCAGUGCUGAAGGGGAAAUGUAUAACACUAAAUGCAUACAUUAGAAAAGUGGAGGAUUUUCAAAUCAAGAAGAUCCUACCUCAAGAAUCUAGAAAAAGAGCAAAAUAAACCCAAAGUAAGCAGGAGGAAAUAAGAGCAGAAAUCAUUGAAAAUGAAAACAAAAACAACAGAGAAAAAUUAAUAAAAACGUAGUUCUUUGAAAAGAUCAAUAAAAUUGCCAACCCCUCUCUUGUAAAACUGACAAAAAAGAGAAGACAUAAAUUACCAAUAUUGAAAGUGAAAUGGGAUGAGACUACAGACUCUACAGACAUCAAAGGGCAAUAAGAGAAUACUACAAAAAAGAGACGUAAAUUUGACAAAUGAAAUGGACCAAUUUCUCAAAAUAAAACACAGCUCACACACUAUGGGAUAGAUUAUUUAAAUAACCCCAUAAAUAUAUUAAAGAAACUGAAGAAUUAAACUGAAUUGAAUUGAUAAUUCAAUUUUGAAAAAGAAACCUCCAGGCCCAGAUGCUUUCACUAGAGAAUUCCACCAAAGGUUUACAGAAGAAUUCAUACCAAUUCUAUACAGUCUUUUCCAGAAAAGAGAAAGAGAAGGAAGGUUUCCAGCUUAUUUUAUGAGACUAAUAUUACCCUGAUACCAAAUCAGACAGGCCAUACAAAGAAAACUGCAAACUAGUAUCACUUAUGAAUAGAUGCAAAAAUCCUUAACAAAAUAUUAACAAAUAAAAUUCAGCAAUACAUAAAAAGAAUUACACACUAUGACCAAGUGGGGUUUAUCCCAGGAAUGCAAGCUUGGUUCCACAGUUGAAAGCAGCCAAUGUAAUCCACUCUAAUAACAGGCUAAACAAGAAAAAUCACUGAUCAUAUCGAUUGAUGCAGAAAAAGUGUUUGACAAAGUCCAGCACCUCCUCAUGAUAAAAAAUCUAGGAAUAGGGACGCCUGGGUGGCGCGGUCUGUUGAGCGUCUGCCUUCAGCUCAGGUCAUGAUCCCAG